GUCCAUCAAUCAUCGUCCAUCGGUGUCAUCGACCAAUAGUGAAAGGACCAUCGAAGUGGUCUUGUAUUUUGUAAUUUGUUAUUAUUAAGUUUUUCGUAAACUUAAUUUCACUUAGCACGAACAUAAUAGGUUCAAUUAAAAAAUUCAAGUAUUGAAAACAUCUAUUAUUUUAGUGCAAUGACGACGAAGGUUAUUAAAUAUGUUGGACGCACAACUGAUUUUAAAGGCAAGACAUUGUGGGAAAUAGUAGGAAGUCUUAAAAAUUUUGGUGUGGGAAGACUGAUAGUGCGUCAAAUGUUUCAACGUUAUCCUGAGCCGACUUUUAUGAAAAUUGUUAAAGUAGAAACAUGUCCUGAUGAAGAACGUCGUCGAGUUCGUGUUUGGGUCGAAAAAACAUUUAGAGGUAGGAAGUUGCCACAGAUAACAGAAAUCUAUCGUACAUCAUAUAAACCUGACUAUCAACUUGUCACUAAGGAUGAUGAGAGCAAAUUCUUGGAGUUAACUAGUAGUGAGCACAACUUUCCUGAUGUUAUUCUGCCCAAUAGUAUUGAAAUGCCACCUUUAAUGAAAAGAUUUAUUGUCAGAGAUCAUGAGAAGAAGGGAUUAGAGACACUGAAGGAGUUUGUUAUGCCACUUAGCUACAAACUGAGUCCUAAUAGAGUGAAGAGGAUAGCUAAAGGUGAUGAAAAACCAACAGAACAGUUCUCUAUAGGAUUGGGAACACCUGUUAGUCCAUCUCUAUAUGAAGGAGUUCCUCUGGACCAAUAGAUCAAAGAGGUUAAAAGCAGAAAUAUAGAGAAGUAACAAUGUUAUAUGGUUUUGUUUGUUUAAAAAUUUUUGUAACCACUCAAAUAACUGAAAAUUUAUCACAUAUAAUGCAAUAUUUUGUAAUAUUUUGCCCUUCAUAUCUACUUUUUAACUGUUUUACUUUUGAUAUUCUGGCUGA